AUGUCGACGUUCACAGGAACAUUGGACAAAUGCAAGGCUUGCGAUAAGACUGUUUAUUUCUUGGAUUUGUUGUCUGUCGACGGACAAACCUAUCACAAAUCUUGCUUCAAAUGCAGCCAUUGUAAAGGCACCCUUGUUAUGAGCAACUACUCGUCGAUGGAUGGAGUUCUCUACUGCAAGCCACAUUUCGAGCAGCUGUUCAAGGAGUCGGGAAAUUUCAGCAAGAACUUCCAUACUACUGCCAAACAGGAUAAGGAUGGUUCAAAGGCACCAAACAAACUGUCAGCCAUGUUCUCAGGAACACAAGACAAAUGUGCUGCCUGCACCAAGACUGUCUAUCCUCUUGAAAAGAUGGCAAUGGAGGGAGAAGCAUACCACAAAUCAUGCUUCAAAUGUGCCCAUGGAGGCUGCCCUCUCACCCACUCCAACUACGCCGCUCUCGACGGCGUCCUCUACUGCAAACAUCACUUCCAACAACUAUUCAUGGAAAAGGGAAAUUACCAACAUGUCCUCCAAGCCGCGACUCACAAGCGCAACAACUCCUCCGACCAGCCCCUCGACACUGAAUCUCCCGGCCAGACCCCCGUCGAUCACCCCAAGCACCAUCAAGACAAGGAAGACGCCAAAGAAGAUGACGGCGGCGAUGAGGCUAAAGAUGCUCCUGAAAACCAACCUGAACCUGAACCCAAACCCGACCAUGAUGAACAUGGAGAUCACAAGUCAGAAGAAUAGAGGGAUUGAGUUCAUAUAAUUUUUUAUUUUAUUUUUUCUAAUUUUAUAUCUUUCAAGCUAAAUUAUUGAUUUUUUUUUGCAUUGCUUGUUUAAUUUUUUUGUUGUUGUUGUUACGGUAUAAGGUUGUUUUGGGGAUUGGAAUUUGAAACCCCAUAGUAUAGUAUUUA